GGUUCUUGUGGCUCUUGCUGGGCCUUCAGUGCCACUGGUGCUCUGGAAGGCAUGCAUUUCAAGAAGACGGGGAAGCUGGUCUCGCUGAGCGAACAAAAUCUGAUCGACUGUUCUAAGGAGCAGGGGAGUGGUGGGUGCAAUGGUGGACUUAUGCCCCAAGCUUUUGAAUACGUGCAGGAGACAGGAGGGAUCAAUUCAGAGGAAAACUACCCAUAUGAUGGAAAGGACGAUUAUAAAUGUCGUUAUGAAGCUGAGAAUUCUAUCACGAAGUGUUCCACAAUGGGGCUCAUCCUGACAGGAGAUGAAAAGGCCCUCCUGGAGGCGGUGGCCACGGUUGGCCCAAUUGCUGUCGGAGUGGAUGCUCGGAGCUCCGAGUUUCACUUUUACAAGUCGGGUAUCUUUAAAAAUCCCUGGGUUGGAGACUCACGCUUAACUCAUGCCAUGCUAGUGGUUGGUUAUAACAGCACCAAGCAUUGGAUUGUGAAGAACAGUUGGUCUCAUGUUUGGGGAGACGACGGAUACAUGCUCUUGGAACAAGGAUCAAAUCAAUUAGGCAUUGCCAACAAGGCUUGCUACCCCAUUCCCUAACCAGCCAAGUGGACCAUUUGAGAAGCGGGACGAAAAAUUCCCCCAGGAAUAAUUUGCAGUUUCUGAAGCUUCUGGAGAACCAGAA